UAAUGUUGAGAAUGGAUUACUCAAAUGAAAAGUGCUAAACACAUGAACGAAAGCUUUUAUAUUGCUGUUAUGAGAUGGAGUACAGCGGAAUAUAAUGCUUCUGGUCGGUUCUUCAUGAAGGUUUUGUGACGCUAAACAGAAAAAGUAAAGUAUUAUUUGGUGCCGUUAAUCCUCCGUCUCAUUAUAUAUUUGGGUUCAUGGUUAGUUGCAUUUGAAAGAAACAAUUUGAACAAAAUUAUAGAAAUGGGUUCAUACGAUGAAAAAAUUGCUCCCACUGGAGAUGAAUCAGUUCAGAUCGAUAUGGAGGAGUCCGCCAUGGAUGCCCAUUUUCUGCUGAGAGGUGGCAGACCAAGUUAUGAGAACAAAAAGUAUUCAAAAGCCCAAAUGGAGGCUUUGACAGCUUUGUGUGAUACCUUGUUUCCUUCUCUGGAUCACCAUGCAAUUUCAAACAGUGAUGAGGAGGAUGCACUUAAAUCUUUCUAUGGCACCUCGGCUUCCCAGGCUGGAAUACCCCUACAUUUAGCAGGAUAUAUGUCUGAGCGCUUGGUACACGCUGCUUUGGGAUUGCUGAACCUAUCAUUGUGGCUUCUUUCAACAUGGUACGGGACAUUCAUAUUGUGUGGAAGAUUAUCUCUAUCCUGUCAUUUUCCCUGUUUCCAAAGGUUUUCUCAGGUUCUACAACAUAGAAGAGAGGAAAUUAUGCUCUCUUGGUCACACAGCUCCUUCUAUCUAUUUCGUCAGCUAUUUAAGGCCAUCAAAUUCUUAUGCUGCCUUACAUUCUACACAAAGGUGGACGAGAAGAAUGAAAAUCCUUCAUGGAAAGCAAUGGGUUACUGUGGGCCAGACCCAGAGCUCCUAUCCCAAAGAAGAGAGGAAGCCAUGAAAGGCCCACUGCAUGACAAGGUCAUUGACAUGCAAGAUGUUGCAUUAAAUAACAUCGCCGACACUCUGCGCAAGGCUGGUUGUGAGGUUACAGAGGAAAGUUCCAGAAAAGGAAACAAGACACAGAAAUCAAUUACUAUAAAAUGCGACGUGGUAGUAGUUGGUUCAGGCAGCGGAGGAGGAGUAGUUGCAGGGGCACUUGCAAAGGCAGGACACAAAGUGAUAGUGGUAGAAAAAGGCAAAUACUUUGCAAGAAACGAUCUGUCCUUACUGGAAGGGCCGUCAUUAGAUCAGAUGUAUGAAGGGGGUGGGCUCUUGGCCACAGACGACCUCGGGGUAGUCCUCCUCGCCGCCUCCACAGUGGGUGGAGGAUCCUCAAUCAACUGGUCCGCUUCCCUCCGCACGCCUGCUCAUGUGAUUUCCGAGUGGAGUAAAGAACUCAAGCUCCCUCUUUUUUCCUCUCCUCUGUUUGCUCAAGCCAUGAACACAGUCUGCGAGAGAAUGGGCGUGAAGGAGACAGUGCACAGCGAAGGAUUAGCUAACAAGACACUGAGAAAUGGCUGCACUCACCUCAACUACAACGUGCUCAACAUUCCCCGCAACGGUGAUCCAGAGCACCGUUGCGGGUGGUGCUGCUUCGGCUGCAAAGACGGAGCAAAACAGGGCACGCAGGAGACGUGGCUGGUCGACGCCAUCAAUCACGGCGCCGUCAUUCUGUCAUCAUGCAAAGCCGAGCGAAUCAUCAUCACAAAGGCAGCAGCCGCAGGAGUAGUGAUCGAGGCAGGAAACAGGGGAUUCCAUAUGGAGGUGCAGUCGAGAGCCACUGUAAUUUCCUGCGGGGCGCUCUGCAGCCCUGCUCUGCUUAAAAAAAGCGGCCUGAAAAACCCCAACAUUGGGCUUAACCUCCACCUCCAUCCCGUCCAAAUGGCAUGGGGUUUUUUCCCGGAUGCCAUUGAAAACAGCUACGAGGGUCCCAUCAUGACUGCAAUGCAUCAAGUGGGAGACCCAUCUGGGUACGGGGCCAUAAUCCAGGCCCCUUCACUGCAUCCAGGUUUGUUUUCAGUCCUAAUGCCAUGGAUUUCCGCUCUCGACAUGAGAGAACGAAUGUUGAGAUUCUCCAGAACUUGUCAUCUCUUCGCCUUGGCCAGAGACACAGGCUCCGGCACAGUCAAUCUCCCGGACCACUUAACAUACAGCCUGAGCUCCCAUGACGAAAAGAAUCUGAACAAAGGAAUCGAAAAGGCUCUCAGGAUUCUCGUCGCUGCUGGUGCCCAGGAAAUCGGGACUCAUCAUUGCAAAGGCGAGCGUUUGAAGAUCCCUGGUUCGAGUGCAGAGGAGAUUGAGAGGUUUAUAAAAAAUGUGAGCUUGAGACGAUUGAAGGACUUGUCGACGCCUCUGUGCUCUGCACACCAGAUGGGCAGUUGCAGAAUGGGGGCGGAUGAGCGCAAUUCUGCAGUGGACGGGAGAGGUCAGUCGUGGGAAGUGAAGGGAUUGUUUGUGGCGGAUGCAAGCGUGCUUCCAACUGCUCUGGGCGUUAAUCCAAUGGUUACUGUUCAAUCUAUUGCUUACUGCAUUGCCAACUUUGUUCACCACUCUCUCAAUACAAAGCCACAUAAAAAUUAGCACAAUCAGUCUACGGCAAUCUCUGCAUGAAUGCACAAAGUUGGAAGCUCGAUGUCACUUAUAUGUCAAAUCAUUUGUGAGAGGAUAACUGGCAAUUCGAGUCACAUGUAGUACUUGGCUUACAUGAGGAAUUUUGCCUGCAUUCUGCAGUUUAGUUUAAAUUAUACUGUGUUGUAUUGUGUUUUUCUGCUAUCAAAAUGUAUGGUCUGGAAAGUCGGAAUAGAAAUUGAUCUAGAGGUUUAAAUUUGGAUGAUACUUCAAUCAAUGUAAUUAUAAUUUAAAUUAAUUUAAUAGUUGUAAUUUAUGAUAUUGA